AUGUUGAGAUCGUUGUGGACAGCUAGCUCGAAAGCGCACCAAAACUGCUGGAACUUGGUGACAUCUCCAUCGGAGCACGGCAACGUCAACUUCUCCAAAUGGAUCGCUGAAGAUGUUCCAAUUGCUGCACAGCGUCCAACUGUGGGUCUACUGCCUGUAGACGUGUGGCGUUGUCCAUGUCAGGGUGAUUUUCUCGCUGAGGCUCGUCACAAUCCCUGUCGUAUCCAUACGGUUAUCCUCGCUGAUGGAAUUGGCGAAUUGUUGAAUCCGGAGGGUAUGAAACUGUUUGCUAUCCGCUUCCUGAGUGUCUUGCAGAGUGCGAAGGAGCGCUUCGGUGUCGGCCUGAUGUUGACCACAGCGUACUUCUCCUCGAACUUGCUAUACGCUUCCUGGUCCGUCGGCGAGUUGGAUGUAGUGAUGUGA